CAUUGACCUUCUUUCUCUUUUAAAAAAUCUCCUCUCCGCUACUUUCCACCACACAAAAAUUUAUUCGCUCACCACUCUCUCUCUCUCUCUCUCUCUCUCUCUCUCUGGUCUCUCCCUGGCUAGCUACUGUUGUGUCUGCAUGUUUGUUUGGUUGACAUGGACGACCUCACAAACAGAAAAAAUCCCAUAAAACUAGUGCCUUUUCUAAUCUUCACCGCCCUAUUAGCCAUCACUCCUGCAAUUGCAGCAGGAUCUCAUGCCGACGAGUAUCAGCCAAUACCAAACCAAACAGCUGGGACAUUGCAGCCCGUCGGCACGACGGAGUAUAGGCUAUUGAUCGACGUGUUAAAAGCUCCUCCUCAUGAUCAUGAUGAUAUACAACGGCGGCAGAAGCGACGGCGGCUCGCGCCGUACCAGCUGUGCUUGCUGUGCAAGUGCUGCUCGGCCACCACGUGCACCUCCAUGCCCUGCUGCUUCGGCAUCAACUGCCAGCUUCCCAAUAAGCCCUUUGGCGUCUGUGCUUUCGUCCCCAGGACCUGCAACUGCACCAAUUGCACAACUUCUGUUUAAAAGCUUAAUAGCUUUUCUUCUUCCCUUUGAAAUUAUAUUUAGCUCUCUCUAUCCCUCUUUCUUUUUUUCUUUGAAAUUAUUGUUAUUGUUAAUUUGAAACUGGUGGGUUUUGUGCCGAUGGCUAAAAUACAAAUGAUGACAACCUUGCAGUGUCAGAGAGCUCUGCAAAUUAUUCGAUGUUUAGAAAUCUUAAAUCAAUAACGUCGACCUUCUUUCUCUUGUGUUCUUGUAUAAAAAUAUCAUCUUUGAAACA